AACCACGAGUAACUGUCGCUCUGCUGUAUAAAGCUGUAGUUCGAAUGAGACCAGACUUAAAAAAAAGAAUAAACAAAUUUCGUUUUAUUUUAUUAGUUUUUGCUUUGUGUUUUUUCUUUUUAUUUCUGCAAUAACCUUUAAAAGAAAUAGAGCAGUAUACUUUAAGAUUUUUUUAAAUCAAACAGAUCAGUGGGGACAGGAACGUCAUAUUAAGACUCAGCACUGAGAAGUAAAAAUCAGAAGAGUCAUUCCACUCAUGAUCCAAACUAGAGUAAUGAUAAGAAGAAGUGGUGAAAAAGUCUCAUGUUCAAACCUGAAGAAGACAGCAGUCCUACUCAUGACAGAAGCUGGAUGUCUGCUUUUCCUUCUUUACAUAUCAGGAGUUCAGGGACAAACAAACAGCAUCUGUGCAUUGAAAGGUUCAUCCGUGAAUCUGAGCUGCUCUGCUGGAGAUUCAGCAGCAGAAAAAGAAUAUAAAUGGUUCUCUGUGUUCAGAAACGGCUCAGUGAGUUACUUUCAGGAGGUUGUUGUGGAUGGAAACCAAAAAAAGUACAGAUUAUCAGAAGAGAGUCGUCUCACUCUGACCAUCAAUGAUCUAAACAAGAGUGAUGAGAACAUUUAUGUCUGUUGUGAAUCUGCUGACAAAGACAGCUGCAGAAAAAACCAAAUUCAGCUCUACGCGGAAGAGCUGCAGGUGAAGGUGUUUCCUUCCAAAGACGGACAGACAGCAACACUUAUGUGCAGCAGCAGCAGCGGCUGUCCUUUCACUCAAAACCACACAGGCUUCCUCUGGUUCAAGAACAGAAAGUUUCUCUAUCAGGACUGGUCUCCAUGGUACCAAGAGCUAGUCAGCGGUGAGGAGGCAGUCACUUACUCCUGUGCUGUCAAAGGUUAUGAGGAUUUCAGAGCCCCUGAAGUCUCAGUAGAUUUAGUCACAUCAACUUGUUUCAGGGUGACGUAUGCUGAAAGCAGCCUGUGUUCAUCAGUGAAUAAACAAUGCUCCAUCAUGUUUCCCAAAGAAAUCUAUCUUCAACAGACCCGUCUACAACACGAUCAUGUCAGGUUAACCUGCAACAGCAGGUGUUCUCUGACUGAACCUCAGGCCUCCAUUGUUUUGUUUAGGAACAAAAAGGAAGAAAGUAGGACGAUUACAGUUCCCUUAACAUCUGCAGACACCUUCACUUGUGCUGUGAAAGAUAUGAAGGACUUUCAUUCUGCUGAUGUCUGUUUUGAUAACAGCAGCUGCUGGACUGUGACUUGUGCCCAAAAAAGAAUCUGUGCUCUGAAAGACUCCUCUCUGAAUAUCUACUGUAAAUAUUCACAUCCUCAUGACCAGCCGCCAAAGUCUAAACUUUGGUUUAAAAAAAACAGAAAUAUAAACCAGGAAGAACAAGUGAAAGAAAAAAAUAAUAAAGUGACAUUUUAUGAGUCUCCAAACCAACAUAACCUUAGAUUUGAAAAAUUAAGUAAAAGUGACUCAGGAGAAUAUGUGUUUAGAAUUGAAAGAAACUCUAGAGAAUGGAAAGAAUCCACUUUUCCUGAAGUUACUUUGAUUGUCACAGAUCUGAGAGUAAAGAUCAGACCUUCUGCAGAGGUGACUGAGGGUCAGAAAGUCACUUUAACGUGCAGCACCAGCUGUCCUCUGACUCAAAACUCAAACUUUCGUUGGUAUUUAAACCAUCAACCUCUGAAGCUGGAAAACAAACACCUGGUUAUAGAUGCAGUCACCAGUCAGGAUGCAGGAAACUACUCAUGUGUUGAUAAAACAAAAGAAAACUCCAUGUCACCAGUAAAGACUUUCACUGUUACAAGCAGCCCAACAACAUGGAAAGCAGUUGUUGGAGUUUCAACAAUAGUCUUUGUUUCUGUCUGUCUCACAGUUUUCCUUUGGGUUAGGAGAAAAAGAACCUCAGCUCAAUCCUCAAGGUUAGAAGUUACAGAGAAGCUGGAGAAGUUAAACCCUGAUCACGUGUAUGAGGAGAUCCCAGCAAAAGCAGCAGAUUGUGAACUUCACUACAGCCAAGUUAACUUUGAAAACGCAAUUGUCUACUCCACCAUCCAAGCUCAUCAGGAACAAGAGCACGUCCCCUAUGCUAUAACCAAGUUUAGACAAAACUCAGACCAGGAAAUGGUAAAUGAUGUUGUAUAGAUUGCAUGGACCAAAGCAACAAUCACACUUCCUUCACACAUUAAUGCACCAAUGGCGGCAAAACUGCUUUUCCAUGAUGUCAACUUGACCAUCCAGAGCACCAAAGGUUUAGCGUCUUGCCCAAGGACACUUUGACACAUGGUCGGACGUAGCAGAAAUUGAGCCUGUGUUCCUGCUAUCACAGGUUGAAAUCUCAAAUUCUGCAGUACUGCAUCAAUAUUGACAUUUGUAACAAAAUAAAAAUUGUAAU